AUGUCGCUCUGUUCUGCGGUUCACCCAACAGUGACAUCAUCUUGUCUUUUCAAACCACUUACAGCUCAGCUGCCCAGACGGAUAUGUCUUCUGAGGCUCCGAGCAUUCUCUUCGUACGGCUCAUCCUGUGACUCAUCAAAGCGCAAACUGCAGAUCGAAACCGCAUAUCAACCCUACACCCUCCCAGAAUCCUUCCCGCCUCCUCGGAACACAGGGGUAACGGGCAGCUCAAUCGCUGAUGGCUAUCUCGUGCUCCACGGGAAAUGGCAAUCAAGACCUGCAGGACAACCCCAGCCGUCAAUAACCAAUCGAUUUGAUAAAGAAUCAAGCAUCGGUGUCCCCAAAUCUGAACCCCAGAAGUCAACGCCGGUAGCGUCCGCUCCUCCGUCCCCUCCUUCAGAAACUGAUCAGUCCCAGACACCUAAGAAAGCAGCGCGCCGCAGCAGGCUGAAGGCGCGCAAAGCUGCUCUAACCAUCACACCAGAAGCGGUCUCGCACCUACGUAAGCUGAUAGACCAGCCUGAUCCGAAGCUGAUUCGAGUCGGGGUGAAGAAUAGAGGGUGUUCUGGCCUCUCCUACAAUCUCGAAUAUGUGGAUAAGCCUGCGCCGUUUGAUGAAGUGGUGGAACAAGAUGGAGUUAAGAUUUUGGUAGACAGCAAGGCUUUGUUCAGCAUCAUUGGUUCUGAGAUGGACUGGCAGGAAGACAAGUUGGCGAGCCGUUUUGUGUUUAAAAAUCCUAACAUCAAGGACCAAUGCGGCUGCGGCGAAUCCUUCAUGGUGUAA